CUUCAACAACACUAAUCAUAAAUCACCAUUAAAAUACAGACCAAAUCUUCUGAUAUUCACCCUUUUCAUUUAUCAAAUGGAUAUUAUCAUCAGUUUCAAACAAUUUACAAAAACCUUCAUCUUCCUCCUUCCAUGCUUUCUCUGUGUCUAUGGCGAAAAAAAUUCUCAAAUCUCUCAGUCCUUUGCAGACCAAAGACUUGCCCUUGUUUACCCCAUUAUUCAAAACUUCAAGAACUCUAUCACAUCAGACCCCUUGAACAUCACCCACACUUGGGUUGGCUCAGAUAUAUGCAACUACACAGGCUUUUACUGCGACCACCCACCUUACAAUGAAUCUGUCACCGCCGUCGCCUCCAUCGACUUCAACGGCUUCGGCCUCGAAGCCCCGACUCUCGAAGGCUUCAUCGAUCAACUACCAGACCUCGCUCUCUUUCAUGCCAAUUCCAACAAAUUUUCCGGCGCCUUACCAGAAAAACUUGCAACACUUCCAUUUUUAUACGAGCUAGACAUGAGUAACAAUAAAUUUUCCGGUCCUUUUCCCCAGGAAAUUCUUCGGAUGAGUGGCCUAUCAUUUUUAGAUAUUCGAUAUAAUUUCUUUUCUGGGUCUAUCCCUCCCCAAAUUUUCUUGCUAAACCUUGACGUACUCUUCCUGAAUAACGAUGACUUCAUUCGAACUCUUCCUGAUACUCUCGGCUCCACGCCGUCACAUUAUCUCUCUUUGGCUAACAGCCAUUUCACCGGCCCAAUUCCGAGCAGCAUCGGCAACGCUUCUUCAACGUUACAGGAAGUUUUGUUCAUGAACAAUUUGCUAACAAGCUGUCUCCCAUAUGAACUAGGGCUUCUGAAAGAAGCUACAGUUAUUGAUGCUAGUGACAAUUUUUUGACGGGUCCAUUGCCAUUCUCCCUGGGUUGCUUGGAGAAGAUAGAGCAGCUCAACUUUGCAGGAAAUUUACUGCACGGGCAGGUGCCUGAAGUGCUGUGUGCAGUGGGAAAUUUGCAGAAUUUAUCUCUGUCAAAUAAUUUUUUCAGAGAGGUUGGAGAGUUGUGUAUGAAGCUGAUCGAGAAUGGAGUUCUUGAUGUAAGAAGAAAUUGUAUUCCUAAUCUUCCUUAUCAAAGAUCAUCAGCUGAGUGUGCAUCGUUCUUCAUGCGCCCUAGGGAUUGCCCACGACCCUCAACGUUUAAUAUAGUUCCUUGCAAUGUUACACCAAUGGACAAUCUUCAACGUCUGAUAUAAUUUCUUUUUUCCUUUGAAUUUA